UUUUGUUAACGAGAGUUUGACAGCCGAGACCGAGACCGCUCGCAGAUUACAGCUAGUUUCAUCGUCCAGAACUUAACCAGUGGCGGCAUGCUAUGUCUUGAUCUUGACAUAUAGUAUACGCGGUACGCACACUGUAUUGUCGCGUCCUCGUCCCUUGGCUGCCACACUGCAGAAACGACGACAGGUAGUGGCAGCACUCAGACCGCGCCUUAUCCAACUGACUGACACCUCGCUCGCUCUGUCGCUCAGCCCUCACCCACCCAGCAUGGUGCUCCAGCUCCACUGCGCCACACCGACCAUCACCAUCUCCCCGCCUCCCGCCCGCCCUCGUCACUACCCCCACCACCUCUACGGCGCCAGCGGAGCGCUCCAGGCCCCAGCUCGCGGCCUCGGGCACCUUCCCCGCCUCCUCGUCGGCGUCAGAGACCCGCGCGCCGACGGAGCGGUCUGUCACGUGAGGAGGCAGGUGCGGUACGACGAGGACGACGAGGAGGAUGACGACGGCGAGGAGUGGGGCCACAACGAGGACGUCGCGAGGAUGGAACGGUACAGCGAGGACGCCCGCGACCAGGCGCUCCUGGUGAAGGCCCGAGUGGACGACGAGGUCGAAGUCGUGCUCGUCUUCAGGGGCUUCUCGUCGAGCUUGAGCGGGGGAACGGCCGCGGAUCCGGCGAGGAGCGUCCUGCCGGAGAGGGCGAUCAUACAGUCGGUCGACGUGGUGAAGGGGCCGUUUGACCCCAACAACAUCGAGUACCUGGAGAAGGGAGUGGGAUGGGAGGACUUCAGGAGCCGCCUGCGAUAGUAACAGCACUAGCACAUUGUGCUGUUGUUCUUUUAAGGCAAUUUUAUCUGCUUCCGACUGAUCAGGCCAUGCAAUGGUCGUCCAAAACCAGAAAUGUACAGUUGGUCAUCCUAUCCCACAAUUUCAUUUUGUAGCAUCUGACAGAUUGUCCAGCCUGGCACCCCACCCAAUAAAAGUAUGGAGGCCAUCAAGGCAGUAAAAUCAACAAAGAAUACAUAUAUACUCUUAUAUCAA